UCCAUUGAUAAAAAAAUCUUUUGGUAAAAGGUUGUAACGGCUAGGAUGGACUCAACUGGUAGACUUCUUCCUGUUACGUACAUCAAGAGUCUUACAUUGGGCAUAGAGCUCUAGGGGCCAUUUUGAAGUGCCUCAAAGAUGGCACUAGUCAGCCUUAAUGAUAAUUUAAAUUGUACUCAAGAAAUACCAUCUGUUGAAGUGGUCUUUCAUGACAUGAGUCGAGCGGGUUUUGUGUUGGCCGGGAUCGUGAUUGUGCUAGCUUCCUUCACCUUCCUCAUCUACAUCGAUGAGGUUCUCUUCCUGAGAAAAGUACCCCAGCUGCCAUCAGAACGGAAAGCUAGAUACUACUUUCUGCUGGGCCUGUAUCCGGUGUUUUCCUGGACAUCAGUGCUUGGGUUGUUCAUCCCUCGAGCAUCCAUACUGGCCCAACUUGUGGCAAUAUGUUACUUGGCAAUCUGCGUCUACCAGUUCUUUGAACUGAUAGUCGACUAUUUUGGUGGUAAGAAGAAGCUGUUCAACAUGCUCCCUGACCAUGGUAUUCCGCUGAAGAGUGUUCCCCUGGGAUGCUUCCUGUGCUGCUUUCAGGACCAUGCCAAACUAACAAGGGGGAACUUUCUCCGGAUGAAGAAGUUGGUGUUACAGAUGGCAAUUCUUCACCCGUUUCUAAUGUUUGUCGCUGCAGUAUUGGAGGCAAAUGGCUCAUAUAAACCUGGAAAAAUAGCACUGGAUAGUGCUUACUUGUAUAUAACCAGCCUGGCGGGUGCGUCGACAGCCCUGGCAGUCUGGGGUCUCGUCAUGUUGUACAGAUUAGCUAAAGAGCCACUAUCAAAUUACCACAUUACUGCUAAGUUUUUUAGCACACAGGUGGUUUUAGUCCUCAGCAAUGUACAAGGGAUGAUUCUGAUACUGCUAGCUGGCAACAACGUCAUCAAGUGCAUUGCACCCCUCGUCACAGAAACACGUGGAAUAGAACUGCACCACCUGUUGCUGACAUUUGAGAUGUUUGUCGUGUCGGUGGUCGCGCGCAGGUACUACCGAAAGGUCGCUGACCUGCGACACGUGAUUCUGCCGCGCGUCAGUGACACCGAUCAGUCGUGUGACGAGUGUAGUGACUCACUGGUGCCUUGCUCGGAGCAGUACGCUAGCUGUAACUAAAACGUGCAUAAUAGUACGGACCAAGGUUUUCAUCCAUUGGCAGUUUCAUGCUACAGAUACAACGAUUCAGCACCCAUUAUUAUCUUACUAAACCUUUCGUGUAAACUGACAGGUACAUUAUAAUAUGUACAAAUUAUUUGCAAGUAUUUUACGCUCCUAUUAAUGAUUGUUAUGAAGUGAUAUGCGAAACAUUAUUAGACAGUACACAUGAAGGAGGAAAUUUAAUGUACAGGAGAGUAGGAUUUAUUAAUCAUAUAAGUUGAAAAUAAACAUUUACUUAAAAUUUACAUAGCGUAUAUCGAGCAUAACUCCAUGAUUUAAUUUUACGUGAAAGGUUGCAUCAGACAUUUAAAUUGCUCCACAACACAUCAGCAGCAGCAGCAACAGUAUCAGUAGCCUGUCUUAGAUCAGCACUGACCCUCUACAUUGCUUGACAUCAUGUGUAUAUUAUAUACUGUAACUCUUACUUGAUCAGUUCACACAUGUAAUGUCAUUGUCUCAUAACACUUGAGGUUUUCAUUUCUCUACGUGAGAUUAUAAAUGAGAAAAAUCGUGGUAAAUUUUGUUUAGAUACCCAAUUAGUGUCGCAUUGCAUCAUCACCGCAUGGUGUUGUUGCCAUUAGUAAAACUGUACAGUACUAUAUUAUGUGCAAUGUUAUUAUAAUAUAAUAACAAUAAAAGUAACACGAAAAAGAAAGUAUGAAAACAUUGUCGCGUGCAUUGAAAGGUUAUCAUACUGAUUGAGCUAGGAUGUACUGUAUUCCACUUUAAAAAAUAUUCCACUUAUUACAACCUGUAUCAUAAUUUCUUAAAUAAGUGUUAAUUUUCUGUAAUUUGACCAAGUACCAUAUAAUUGUAUAAGGUCUUUGAUCUGAUUAGGCCAUAUUGCUCAGUCCUCUUUUCUUUCUGUAAACCUGAAAUCAGAUUUUACAAUUUUUAAAUAAUUUUGAUGAUAUUCUAUGAUUGUAUAUUUCAUACGUAUGUUAUGCAUGUCCAGCAAUUCCUACCGAAGUGCUUGGUUUCAUAAAUAUAUAUCAUAACAUCAAGUACCACCUUUCAGGAAUGCACCACCGAAAUUCACAAAGCAUUCCAUACUAUUUCAUUAUAGCUACUAGUACUAAUAAGGAUAUGGUAUACAUCUAUGUUGCUUGUGAGUUGUAAGUAAAUGCUUUCUGUCGUAAGUUAAUUUUGUUUAAUACGCCCCAUGUACUAUAACAUUGAUUAUAAUUGUUGGCCAUUAGGCUUGGCUGAUGGGCAGAAUUGCACAUAUGACCAAAUUGGUGUCUCUGUACAUUUCAUGUGGAACUUGUUGGUUGUGCUUGGCCAAUUGGCUACCUAGUUUAUUCACCUAAAAACAAUAAGCAUACGUUCAUGUGAAAACGAAGCCAGAUCUAAUAUUGACAUUUCCGGGCAUUUUUUUAUCGUGACAGUCGUGAAAGCAGCUUGCAUGAAACCACUUAUUGGGAUGUGAUGUAUGGUCGAGACACUGGUCAUGAUCACUGGUGUAUUAUAUAGUGAUUUUGUAAUAAAUACUGAAAGAUUUGUUCUGGUGGCUAUUACACCAUUACGUCACAUUGAACCACAAGGUCACCAUACAUUUAGCCAGACCUCAGCUGCAAUAUUUAUUAUUAUAUUACUAUUAAUAUUUUUAAUAUUAAUUACUUGAUCAUAUUAUAUUAUUAACCAUUUGAGUUCAUUCACAGGUUUUUUGACUAAUUUAAUACAAGGAAAACCUGUUGUUUAUUGCAGUGUAGAUGUACACUUUUGCAGUGUAACUCGUGGCCUUUUCAUAUACCACAUAUUUCUUGCCCUGGCAAAUUUUUAAUGGGCCAGUUUAUUUCAUUUAGCACCGGCCGUAGUAGAAUUAUGGGUACAUCUUCUAAGGUUUAUUACACCUUGAUAUUGUGAUACUGGUGUAUUGGGAAUGUAUACACAUUAUUGUACUUCUGUGCCUUCUGUUAAUGGUAAUAUGUAAGUAAUGAAAACUAGCAGCUUGAUAUUGGGAUAUUAGGAGACUACAAUAUCACUUGUGAUAUACUUUAGAUCUAGGAACGGGAUAUAACCUAUACGGUGUUUUAUCACACACGGUAUAUCACAAAUUUACGCAGAAAUCCUAUGAGUGGUAAAAAUGUGUUGUCAGGGAUAAAUAUUUCAAUGUACGUUAGUUCAUGUUAUUACUAAUAUAUUACUUAUCUAAUGUAUAUUUAUCUACUCACAGAGGAUGUAGCUAUGAUCUACUGAUAGAGCUGUUUCAUCAAAAUUGUUCCAGUGCUGGAGUGAAGGCGGACAUUUGCUUCUAUAGUCUUGUAAAUAUGAAUAUACAAUAAAUGAAGUAAGAAAGUUACAAUCAA